AUGGAACAUAGAAGAAACUCAUCAUCAUCUACAUACUUUCUAUUCUCAAUUCUUUCUUGUAUUUUUCUUUCGUGUUUCUUAGGAUCUGUUGGAGCUUACAAAAAUUACACAGUGGGAGAUUCUUUAGGCUGGUUUGACAAACUUGAAAAACCGGCUGUUAAUUAUCAGAAAUGGGUUGCCAAGAAACAAUUCAGCUUGGGUGAUUUUCUCAUUUUCAAUACAGACAGUAACCACACUAUUGUUCAAACAUACAAUUUCACAACAUACAAACAAUGUGACUACGAUGAUGCACAAGACAAAGACACAGUCCAAUGGUCAUCAGGUUCUCAAUCCAACGGUGAAGUAACUCCACUCACAGUGGCAGUUCCUUUGUUGAAAGAAGGACCAACAUAUUUCUUCUCAAGUGAUUAUGAUGGUGAGCAAUGCAAAAAUGGACAACAUUUCAGAAUAAACGUGACUCAUGGAUUAGGGUUGCCGAAGACUCUUUUACCGGCGGAUGACUCUCCGGCUCCCGCAAGUCCGAUAUCCGGUGACGAUGAUUCAGCACCGGACACAACUGUUCCUUCCAAUUUUAACAAUCCUAAGGAAGACAAAGAUGAUGAUAAAACAAGUGAUGAGAAAUCUGAUUCUUGUUCAGUUUUAAAGUAUGCACAACUUUACAACAAGUUUUAUGUGUUUCUUGUCUUGUUAGGGGUGUUUUCGUUAUUUUAG